UUAUCAAUUUCAUUGUAAAAAAAUUUUUCAAUUUUCCUUUCAAUAUGUUUAAAAUAUUCAUGUUUCAACGUCAGCUGUCAACGUCAACGCAGAACAGAUAAAAGCAGAUUUGAAUAUCCGACCUUGUCAGUCAGCUGUUGUUACUAGGCCAAGGAUGGACGGGUGAUAUCGACACCCGGACCAUGAAAAAAGUUUAUAUGUUUUUUGUGCAACGUGUAUGUGGCCGUUUCUUUCUGUUUUUUGCUGUUUGCUGUUGUACGGAGGACUAAGUUAGCAUUCAAAAUUUAAAAAUCAAAUGUACAUUCCUAAGAUGCACUUUUUUACACCUCUAUGUAGCGGUACUUUUUUAGUAUUUGACCAUUAGCUCCGAUGAUGACGUUUAUGUCGAAAGCGCUCAGCUAAGGAAAUAAAAUUAUUUACACACUUUGACAUACUACAUUUUCAUUUUCCCUUAUUCAUUCAAGUGUGUACAAACUUAUCAGUCUUUCAACUAUUUUUAUACUACAGUAUGGUAGUGGACACCGAAAAGUACCUUAGACUGUCUACUAAGAGGGAACUACGUUAUAUUGACAUUUGGUUCAUACAUCAGUGCCUCAAUUUUCAUCUAACUCCGAAGUUUGCAUCACUUAAAACAUCUAAGAACAUUCCUAUUAAAUUAAAGUCUGAAAUAGAGAGAAAACUACUCAAGAAACAAAUAUGUAUUCAUUAUGCUAAAAUUAACUCCUUUGACAUUGAACUUAAAAUUCUGUAUGACAAGAUUGUAGAGGUCACUCCUUUUCUAGUUUUUCAGCAGAUGCUUCAAGAACACCAUGAAGAAUUAGCACUAAUAAAACAGGUCAAGUUUGAUAAAAUUAACAAGAAACUUAAUUAUUUAAAAGCUGAACGUUCAGGUAACAAAUAUCCUAAUAACUAUAACAAUAACAGCAGGAAUCAGGUGAGUCACUUUUCUUCUCAUAAAUUUCAUACCAGGGUGAAAAACUUAUCAAAUUGCAACUUUAAUAAUGAAGAACUUGAUUUUCUGAGCAAGGGUUUAAAAUUCAGCACACAAUCAAAACCAGAUACUAACAACAUUGAACUGUUAUGUGUAGAGAUAGAUAGCAUUAUAAAUAGUUUAGAUAUUUCAAUAUCAGUCAAAAAUAACAUAAAAACAGCAUGUCUUUUUCAAUUGAAUCAACAAUAUCAUAGAUACACUAACAACAAAAAAUUGAUUUCUACCUAUCACUCACAAACAAAAAUUAUUAAGUCGAUUGCUCAAAAAAUAAGAACACAUGAACUCACAAUAACUAAAGCAGACAAGGGGAAUUGCCUAAUAAUAAUGUACAAUAAAGACUAUGUAAAUAAGGUUGAAAAUUUUCUAUCAGACAACGCAUUUAUACCACUCAACAAAAGUCCAAUGAAUAAGUUAAACACUGAUUUAAAAGCUAUUUUAUCUAAUCACUCAACCUUCUUUGAACAUCUUCAAACUAAGCCCAAGUCAUUUAUUAUCAGUAAUCCUCUAACACCACGGCUAUAUGGACUUCCAAAAAUCCAUAAAUUAAAUUUCCCAAUUAGACCCGUUGUCAGCUUUGUUAAUACUCCUUUGUCAAACCUGGCACAGUUUGUAAACAAACUACUGAACGAUCUUAUUAACUAUUCUCCUAAGUAUACAGUUAAAAACACCCAAGAGUUAGUCUCUAAACUGUCUUCCAUACCUUUGCCAUCCAACUUCAUUAUGGUCUCCUUCGAUGUGACAAAUCUCUUUACAAAUGUUCCAAGACAAGAAACCAUACCCAUUAUUAGUGAUUUAUUAUUAUCCAACAACAUAGAUCCUCAAAAAAUCCUUCACAUCACAUCUCUGUUACAAUUUUGCCUGUCUCAAGAUUUUUUUAUAUUUAACAACAAACUAUACAGACAACCAGAAGGGUUAGCCAUGGGAAAUCCACUCUCUCCUUUGCUAGCUGAUCUUUUCCUAGAUUCACUUGAAACUAAGUUCGUUCAGUCACGUCCUGAAAUUAUUCUAUGGCACAGAUAUGUAGAUGACAUUUUAGCAUUCAUUGAAGGUCCCACCAAAACACCCAAUCACAUCCUAUCUUUGAUCAAUGGUCUACACCCAUCCAUCAAAUUUACACUAGAGACUGAAAUCAACAACAGUAUUAACUUUCUAGAUCUAACUAUUGAAAAGACACCUUCUAAACUAGAAUUCUCAAUCUUCCGAAAACCUACACAAACUGACCACAUCAUCCCAAAUUCAUCUAAUCAUCCAUACCAACAAAAAAUGUCAGCUUUUCACUGUUACGUACAUAGACUGUUGAACAUCCCUAUGUCCAAAGACAACUACAAUAAUGAGGUUUCUAUACUAAAACAGUUAGCAGUCAACAAUGGUUACUCUCCUUUGAUAAUAGACAACAUUAUAAGAAAGAAAUUGCUCAAAAUAAAAUUAAAUCAAGCCUUUAACACAGAAGAACACACUUCCAAAAACUGCAUUUACAGAUCUAUUUCCUAUUUGGGACCAAUUUCAGAUAAACUGUCAAGUGUAAUAUCAAAUAAAGUUGAGAACCUCAAAAUUUCAUUUAAAACUAAAAAUUCAAUCAAAUCACUGUUUAGUAAAACCAAAGACAAAUUAGAUAAAUUAAAUAAGAGUGGCAUAUACAAACUAUCAUGUGGUGAGUGUAGUACCACCUAUGUAGGAAGGACAAUGAGAACCCUUUCUCAGAGAAUCAAGGAGCAUGUCAGAACUCCAGAAAAAUCAAACUUUGGCUAUCAUGUUAAAUCUACCAAUCAUUCCUUCUCUCCUACUAAAGACAGCCAAAUUUUGCAUAACAUCCCAUCUAAAAACUAUAGAUUAAUGAAUUUGUUGGAGGACCUGGAGAUUUCUAGAGAGAUGAAGUCUAAUCCUGAUUUUUGUGUUAAUACUCAGAUCAAUUUAAAUUGUAAUUAUAAACCUCUCUUCAAGUAUCUGUGGGAGACAGUUGAGUAGUGACCUCUUGCAAUCUUUUAUGUAUAUAAAAACUAUUGUAUUUUUAUUCAAAAUUUAAUUUUAUAACUUUAUAUAAAAAAAAGGAAAACAUUUGACUAUUGGUCAGAUUUAUAUAUACAUUAUUAAUACAGAUUCUACCAACAAGUAAUGAGAGCCUUAGAAAUAAAACACCUAACAACAAAAGUGUUCGAAACUAUUUUGUUAAAAAUUGAAUUCCACCGAACACUAUAUCCUUCUAUUUUGUCAUCAACGUCUUACAACAAUAGACACUGAAUAUACCCAUUUUAAGAUCAUAGCAGUUAAUAAAAUCAUUUAAUAUUUCUACAUAAACAUUAGGUUUUCAACUUAAUAAAAUAUCAAUACACCAAGUCAAGGUCAUUGCAAUGACUUACAUAAAUGACAAAAAGAUGAUAAAUAACAACAAUAUAAUAUUAUCUCAAUCUUUAACUUCAACAAGCUAACAUCUUCUGAAUAUUGAAUUUGAGAAUUCACAAUCAAAAUUGAUCUUUCUCAUUACUUUCUGUUUAAUAAUUUUUUUUGUUUUUUAAUUUAAUUUUUUAACUUAACACAGUGUAUGUAAGUUGGGCCUAUUAGUCUCAAAAUCAAGCAUGUCAUCAAUUAAUUUAAUAGUUGAUUAGUACAAACAUCUAAGGUACAUUUCCUUAUCAAUUUCAUUGUAAAAAAAUUUUUCAAUUUUCCUUUCAAUAUGUUUAAAAUAUUCAUGUUUCAACGUCAGCUGUCAACGUCAACGCAGAACAGAUAAAAGCAGAUUUGAAUAUCCGACCUUGUCAGUCAGCUGUUGUUACUAGGCCAAGGAUGGACGGGUGAUAUCGACACCCGGACCAUGAAAAAGUUUAUAUGUUUUUUGUGCAACGUGUAUGUGGCCGUUUCUUUCUGUUUUUUGCUGUUUGCUGUUGUACGGAGGACUAAGUUAGCAUUCAAAAUUUAAAAAUCAAAUGUACAUUCCUAAGAUGCACUUUUUUACACCUCUAUGUAGCGGUACUUUUUUAGUAUUUGACGUAAGUAAAAAAAGAGUUUUGUACUUCUUGUUCUUACAAGAUCUCUUUUUUUAUUUUAGCAUUAGCUCCGAUGAUGACGUUUAUGUCGAAAGCGCUCAGCUAAGGAAAUAAAAUUAUUUACACACUUUGACAUACUACAUUUUCAUUUUCCCUUAUUAAAAAUAUCUAUUAAAUGAGCCCCCGAACAUGUUGAUGGCGUUAAAAUUUAUUCUCCAAAAUAUUUUCAAAAUUUAUCUUUUAACAAUUUUUCCAAAAAAUGGUAUUGUUUUUUUUAAUAACUCCGUUCUUGUUUACGAUAUCAGGUUCAUAUAAAAACUGUUUGAAACUUAAUUUCAAGUGCUAUUUAAGCACAUUGAACAUAAUCUUUUAAACCCCUUACUUUUUUAAAAAUAAAAGGUUAAAUGACCCCGGUUGCAUGGUUCCCACAGCAAAAUUUAAGAUUUAAACGUUUCUAUCUCGGUUAUUUUUUACGCUAUAGAAAUAGUAAGACAGGUAAAAUAUUUGGCACAGAAAAAUAUAAAAUUUGGUUAUAUAUAAU